UAACAUGCGGGAGGAGACGGCCUCCUCCGUUUCCAACUAGACGAGGGGGCGGGAACUAGCGCGGAGACUUCCCGCCUAUACCAAGAUGGCUGCCACAUCGGCGCUGUCAUUUUGGUACAGAGCAGAGCGAAGCGCUUAAUUCGACCCGGUUAAGGCCAGAGUCUUUUUCUCUGCGGCUUCCUCGUGCUCAGCUAGUCCCCCGAUCAAUUCUUGGGAAUCCCUGGUACCUCUUCGGUAUCCCUACACUCAGCCAGGAAUCAUGUCUUGGGCUGCUCGCCCGCCCUUCCUCCCCCAGCGGCAUGCCGCAGGGCAGUGUGGGCCGGUGGGGGUGCGAAAAGAAAUGCAUUGUGGGGUCGCGUCCCGGUGGCGGCGGCGACGGCCCUGGCUGGAUCCCGCAGCGGCGGCGGCGGCGGCGGCAGCCGGAGAACAACAAACCCCGGUGCCGGAGCCGGGGGAGGCUGGACGGGACGGGAUGGGCGACAGCGGGCGGGACUCCCGAAGCCCAGACAGUUCUUCUCCAAAUCCCCUUCCCCAGGGGGCCUCUCCCCCUUCUCCUCCGGGGCCACCCCUACCCCCUUCAGCAGCUGCAUCCCUUGGUGGUUCUGGGGCCCCACCCCCGAUGCCACCCCCGCCACUGGGCUCCCCCUUCCCAGUCAUCAGCUCUUCCAUGGGGUCCCCUGGUCUGCCCCCUCCAGCUCCCCCAGGAUUCUCCGGGCCUGUCAGCAGUCCCCAGAUUAACUCAACAGUGUCGCUCCCUGGGGGUGGGUCUGGCCCCCCUGAAGAUGUGAAGCCACCAGUCUUAGGGGUCCGGGGCCUGCACUGUCCACCCCCUCCAGGUGGCCCUGGGGCUGGCAAACGGCUUUGUGCAAUCUGCGGGGACCGAAGCUCAGGCAAACACUACGGGGUUUACAGCUGUGAGGGCUGCAAAGGCUUCUUCAAGCGCACCAUCCGUAAGGACCUGACCUACUCGUGCCGGGACAACAAGGACUGCACGGUGGACAAGCGCCAGCGGAACCGCUGUCAGUACUGCCGCUAUCAGAAGUGCCUGGCCACUGGCAUGAAGAGAGAGGCGGUACAGGAGGAGCGUCAGCGGGGGAAGGACAAGGACGGGGAUGGGGAGGGGGCUGGGGGAGCCCCCGAGGAGAUGCCCGUGGACAGGAUCCUGGAGGCAGAGCUUGCUGUGGAGCAGAAGAGUGACCAGGGCGUUGAGGGUCCCGGGGGAACCGGGGGUAGCGGCAGCAGCCCAAAUGACCCCGUGACUAACAUCUGCCAGGCAGCUGACAAACAGCUCUUCACCCUUGUUGAGUGGGCAAAGAGGAUCCCACACUUUUCCUCCUUGCCUCUGGAUGACCAGGUCAUAUUGCUACGGGCAGGCUGGAACGAGCUCCUCAUUGCCUCCUUCUCUCACCGAUCCAUUGAUGUCCGAGAUGGCAUCCUUCUCGCCACAGGUCUUCACGUGCACCGCAACUCAGCCCAUUCCGCAGGCGUGGGAGCCAUCUUUGAUCGGUCCCUCUCCAGGGUGCUGACAGAGCUAGUGUCCAAAAUGCGUGACAUGAGGAUGGACAAGACAGAACUUGGCUGCCUGAGGGCAAUCAUUCUGUUCAAUCCAGAUGCCAAGGGCCUCUCCAACCCCAGCGAAGUAGAGGUCCUGCGGGAGAAAGUGUAUGCGUCCCUGGAGACAUACUGCAAACAGAAGUACCCUGAGCAGCAGGGCCGGUUUGCCAAGCUGCUGCUGCGUCUUCCUGCUCUCAGGUCCAUAGGCCUUAAGUGUCUAGAACAUCUGUUUUUCUUCAAGCUCAUUGGUGACACCCCCAUUGACACCUUCCUCAUGGAGAUGCUUGAGGCUCCCCACCAGCUGGCCUGAGCCCACACCCAGAUGUGGUGUUCCUCACACUUGAGGAGGGCCCAUCGGCAAGGGACUCUGAGCCUUGGGGCAGGAUGGGGAGGGACCAUGUUCCUAGAAUCUUGGUGGGGUGAGGAGCACAGGGCAGAACCGAGACCUCCAAGGGGGGAUCCCUAAACCCUCCAAGGGUUUGCUUGAUAUCCCAAGUCAGAGGGGCCCCUGGACCACUUCGAGGGCUGGACCUCUCCCUUCAGUGGCCUUGAGUCUCUGAAUUUGUCUGGCUCUGCCAUGAUCUGGGAGGCUUUCUCCUCCCUGGCCUGGAACAGCCUCUCCUUCCCCCAGCACAGAGCACUGGCCUUGCUCUCAAGACCUUGCUUCCUUCUCGUCUUGCCUCACUUAGCCUCCCAUCUGAAGCGUGGAAAUGGGAACUCCGGCAGAGAUGAAUAUUGGGGGGCAGGCCCCCCAAAUGGAUGGACAUGGGAGUAAGGCUCUGACAGCCCUUCCUCCAACCAAGCCCAGCAGAUGGGGGCUUCUCUGGAAGAAGGAGGGGUCCUGUUGCUGUCUCCUGUCCAGAGUCCCCUCUCACUUCACCUCCUGCAGUCAGACUGAAAAAGAAAAAGGUGGUGGUGGUUAAGGGGCAGGCGGUGAUGUAGGAAUCCAUCUGCUAUUUUUAAUUUCCUCUGCGGAUAGAGACUUGCAGUUAGACUCAAAGAAGUACUGUACUUUCCCAGGUUGACUAAGAAAUGCCAGUGGUGGAGGUGGUGUUUGGGAAAGGCAGGGCCCUGAGAUGGUCUGUGGGGCUCUUCAGCACUGGCCUUCCCAACCCCCUCCUGCUACUCUUCCUGUCUAUUUUGGGGAAGGGGCUUGGGCCGUAAGGGCAGGGCAGGGGCUUGGUGAGUAGUCCUCAGGCCCUUCCCUUCCCAGCUCUGCCCCCAGCCCCCGGGCACGCACCGUGUAGGCUGGGGAAGAAUUGAGGGGAGAUGGCCCGCCUGCAGAGAUGGGGUGCUGGGGCUGCAUGAUUUUUGCCCUGCGGCUCUUCUCUCCGGGGUCCUUCCCUGUCUUUCACUCACAUAAAAUCGCUUUCAAAUUAAAAUCGCUGUUUUCUGGA